GAAUGUGCUGCGUCAUUGGAGGCACAAACCGUAGCAGUGAAGUUUAUCGGGAGCCACGAAGGUUACCAGCGGUUCUAACCAUGAUGUCAGUGAAGCUAAACAACAACCGCGACAUCCCAGUUCUCGGCGUUGGAACUUUGUUUGCUAAACAAGGUGAGGCGGAACAACUGGUGAAAGAUGCAAUUGACAUUGGAUACCGCCAUUUUGACACUGCCAUGGCGUACCAAAAUGAGAAAGAAGUUGGGGCAGGCGUCAGAGCAAAGAUCGCAGAAGGAGUCAUCAAGAGGGAGGACAUCUUUAUUACAAGCAAGCUGUGGAACACAAAGCACAAGCGUGAAUUGGUGGUAGACGCUUGUAAAGAGACCGUUUCAAAGCUGGGCCUGGAAUAUGUGGACCUGUAUCUUAUCCACUGGCCAUUUGCCUUCAAGGACUCAGAAGAACUGUGGCCGAAAGAUUCAGACGGUAAAGUCCAGCUUGCAGAUGAUGAUUAUGUGGACACGUGGAAAGGAAUGGAAGAAUGCGUCAAGCUGGGCCUCGCAAGGAGCGUCGGCAUCUCCAACUUCAACACAGAACAAAUAAACCGCGUUCUGGAAGUGGCAACCAUCAAGCCUGCUGUUAACCAGGUUGAGUGCCACCCGUACCUGAACCAAAGCAAGCUGAUUGCCUUCUGUAAGGAGCGGGGUAUUGUAAUAACGGCCUACUGUCCCCUGGGUAGCCCCAACAGCAUUGCCAAAGCAGACUUUCCUGCACCUCUUAAAGAUCCGACACUACAAGAAUUGGCAUCGAAAUACAAGAAAAGUGUGGCCCAGAUCAUUCUAAGAUACCUGAUUCAGCAUGGCACAGUACCAAUUCCAAAAUCUUCAAACAAAAAUCGACUGAAGGAAAAUUUUGAUAUCUUUGAUUUUGAGCUGAGCUCGGCAGACGUCGCUGCAAUUGACGCCUUGGAUAGGAACGCAAGGAUAUGUGCCUUCAACGAUGGAAUAGGACACAAGAAUUAUCCUUUCGACAUUGAGUACUGAUCACAAAGAAGAUGACGUCAUGCACCAUCACGACGCAUCUCAGCACAAAACAUCAUGUGGAGAGACAGUGAACUGUAGAUCAGGCCUUCAAAUUAUAUAAACCACGAAAAGGGAGCACAUCGCAUAAAGUUUAUUAUUAUUAAAUGUAUCAGAUUUCAUCACAAAUAAAAGUAUAAACCACUUAUA